AUACUGAAUGCAACCCAGGCUGCAUAAGCAGGAAGUGUUCCAUGCACACGACAGUCAGUUGAUUUAAUGAAAUCGUUUUACCCCACGUGACUUGGACUUUACGGAAAAGAAAACUGACGAUGGCAGGAUCUGAGUCGUCAAGUAAAAUGCGUACAAAAAUGGCCUUUAUUGCUCUUUUAUUCGCCUUAUUUUCGACUGGAAGUUGUAGCAGUCAGGUACCACUUGUAAUGUGGUCCAGUGAAGGGUACACCUUACCACAGCUGGUAUCUCCCGCAGCUGGUCACAUAAUAUCUAAUGUCCAGCUGAUGGCCUACCUAAACUCUGCUCUGGGAUCUGCCCCACACAAUAUGCUGCUCUUCCUACAGGACAAGCUGAGCAAAGAUGACUUCACAAGGUAUGGAGGAGUUUUUGGAAACAAGCAAGACAGUGUCUUUCCUAACCUUGAGUCUGCGUUACAGUCUUCGUCUUCACCGUUGGUGCUGCCUGCCCUGUCAUGGCUAGGAGCUAGUGCGGUCCCAAGCCUGCUACAGGAGAAGCUGGGUGUUUCCCCACUCAGCGUAGACCCAGACACACUGGAGCAUCUCCGCUUCAAUGCCUCAGAAAACACUCUGCUGGUUAUCAACCUGCCAUAUUCUUCUGGUGCUUACCUGUCCUGUCAGGAUGUCUUGCGUAACAAUGAUGAGGUCAUUGGUAAGGUUCUGAGCAUCAUGAAAGCCCAGAGUGUGCCCUACACUGCCAUUUACACUGGACUCAAGCCCUCAAGAGUGAUUGAGGAGCCGUCCCUGAUUGUCCAGUCUUCUAUGAGCCGUUCCUUGCUGCAGGCAGUUGUGGAUGAGGUCAAACCUCCUCUGAUGUUCAAUUCCACCAGAGGCCCUUGCAUCAUGCUCUGGGCCCAGAAUCUAAACGUCAGCUUUAGUGACAAGGAAUGGAUUGAUCUCGGUCCAUCGACCUUUGCUUCUGGUGGCUCUGUGAGCAUGUCUGGGUCCUUCUGUAAUGAAACCAACUCCCAGCUUGUCCUUGAUUAUGGGAGUUCUGUUUCACCUUACAAUCCAUUCCGUCUCAUCUUCUCCAUGAGCCAGCGGCGCUAUCCUGUGUCUGCACGGAACUGGUUCACCCUGGACACUGUGCAAUUGGUAUUCAACACCCUAACAGCCACCUACAAUGGCAGCCACGGAAUCUAUGCCCCGGCAGAGUACUCUUUCCACUGCCAGAAUGUCAACAACUUCCGCAAUGCACUUCUAGUGCCCCGCGCUCAGAAUGCCACCCAGUGGAGAAUCCUCUUCACUGACUUCCAGAUCCAAGGCUUCAGCAUACUGAAUGGGACAACAGAUUUCUCCUAUGCCAGUGACUGUGCUGGCUUCUUCACACCAGGGAUCUGGAUGGGCCUGAUCACCUCUCUGCUGAUGCUGUUGAUCCUCACCUACGGCCUGCACAUGAUCAUGCAGCUACGCUCCAUGGACCGCUUUGACGACCCUAAAGGCCCCUCCAUCUCAGUGCCUCAGUCGGAGUAAUGAAGACGAGACAAUGCCCCCUAGACUGCUCGUGCUGUCUUUCCUAUUGUCAUGUGACAAUGUUCCCUCCACUUUGAUUUGUUCAAUAAAUUCUAUUGUCAGUUGCUUUAGCCACCUCCCCGUUCUGAUUACCAGUUCAGCCAUCCCAUCCCCUUAGCCUUUAUUCUGUUUGUAUUACACAAACAGUCAUUUAACAGAUGCUCUUGUCCAGAGCGACUAACAGGAGCAAUUAGGGUUAAAUGCCUUGCUCAAGGGCACAGACAGAUUUUUCGCCUAGCUGGCUCUGGGAUUUGAACCAGCUAACUUUCGGUUACUGGCGCAACACUCUUAACCUCGAGGCUACCUGCCACCCAAGGGGGUACGUUCCUUUACCUCUCUUCAUUUGCACUUGCCCAAAGAACUGUAUAAUGUACUGUAAAUGCCUCCCUUUUCCCUUGAUACCUAAUCAGCUCACGCAUGUGCCAAUAAAAGGGGUUUGUUUGUACAGGAAAGCUUUUGAUGCCAAUUCAGUGGCAGUUUGUGGAACUGAUUUUGGUUAUUUCGCUUGCAUUGUAAAUUUCUCAGCUGUGUAAUUUAAAGACUAAUGCAAGAAUUGCCUGUAAAUAUUAAGUUGAAUUUAUGUGUGCAGACUUGAUGUUUGUGGGCAUUUGAGAAUGCCUACCCUAAAUUUUGCUGUUGGAAAUGCAUAGUAGGAUGAAAUGUGAGAAAAGAAUGCUCUGAAAAUUAUGCUUUGUUUCAAAAGACCGUUUUACUCAAUGUUGGCAUUUUUUCAUUGACAUCUGUGAAAUUUAAAUAAAAUGUCAAAACUA